AAUUUAAUUCAUGUUUUCUUAAAUUUGGUAGAUUUUAAUUUUUCAAAGUUCAAAUUUAAUUGUUCGUUUUCGACGGUAUAUAAAGUGAAGGAACGAACUACUGAACGAGAAUUUGCUAUAAAAGUUUGUAUAAAACAACAAAUUUUAAGAGAACGAAAAAUCGAGCAAAUUUAUCGUGAGAAAGAAGCAUUGGCUAGAUUAUCAAAACCGGAAAAUCGGCAUGCAUUCUUCCUUCAGAUUUAUUGUACAUUUCAAGAUUCAGAUUCGCUGUAUAUUGUUACAACUUUAGCUAAAGGAGGAGAUUUGCUGCGUCAAUUAAAAAAAAGAAUCAAAUUCGAUACAGAUAUAACAAAAUUUUGUGCCAGUGAGAUAGUGGUCGCUCUUGGGCAUAUGCAUCGUUUGAAAAUUAUUCACAGAGAUUUAAAACCGGAAAAUAUAUUGCUUUCGGCGAUUGGCCAUAUUUUGAUCUCUGAUUUUGGUUCUUCGAAAUUACAAUCACAAAAUAGGAUUGUUGAUUUUCAACAAAUUUUGAGGCGAAGGAAAUGUUCAUUCGUUGGAACUGCUCAAUACGUGAGUCCAGAAGUUCUCUGUGGUCAAUUGGUCCAACAGGCCUGUGAUUAUUGGGCACUUGGAGUAAUUAUUUAUCAAUUUUUAACGGGUCGUCAUGCUUUCUAUGAAGCCAGUGAAUAUAUUAUGUAUAAAAAGAUUUGUCACGCUUCAUAUGAGAUGCCUGCAGAUUUUUCUCUGGAAACUCGUCAUUUAAUAGAACAAUUAAUUGUCGUCAAUCCUGCUGAGCGAUUAGGUUCAGUUGAAUCUGGUGGUGUUGAACAUGAAUUCUUUAAAGGAAUUGACUGGAGUAACAUCGAACAGUGCCAAUCGCCUUUUCGGAUUUACCUAUAUUUUUUCAUAAAUUUUUAA